ACUCCCCCCUUACAACAUCGUUUUAAGACCAUGACAUAUUCUCAAAAUCCCUAUCUUUUUCUUCAGUUAUGAUCUGUUAGGGGGUUUUUUUUUGUGUGUGUGUGUGUUUUGGUCCUUGAAUCUUUGGAAAUGGCGGGCAAACGGCUUCUUAAUGAAUCUUGUUCCGACACAGAUGAGCCAAAGGAGAAACGGAUGAGACCUAAACCUUCUUUUGCUUCAGUGAUUGGGCAAGCGGUUAUGGUGAAUUACUUGUAUACUGCCUUGGAACCUGUCCUUAGAAAAGUGGUGAAUGAGGAAGUGGAGCGCAGUAUUGGAGACCGGCUCCGAUCCUUCACACGAUCUCCGUCGCUACGAAUCCAAGCGGCAGAACCCGAACCAUCAACCCUUAGACUGAUUUUCCCUAAAGCCCUUUCCUUGCCUAUCUUUACCGGAAGCAAGAUCGUGGAUGAAGAAAGCAACCAACUUCAAGUCGCUUUGGUGGAUACAAGGGGUGGCCAAAGGGCUCCGGUGCUUCUCCCGAACCCUAUUAAGGUCGAUAUCGUGGUUCUGGACGGCGACUUUCCGUCGGGGGACCGUGACAACUUUACUAGUGAAGAAUUCGACAGAAACAUCGUGCGGGAGAGGACUGGGAAACGACCCUUGCUCACCGGAGAGUUAUCUGUCACAGUGAGAGACGGGGUAGCUUCGAUCGGAGAUAUCGAAUUUACGGACAACUCGAGCUGGAUUCGGAGUCGGAAAUUCCGAAUCGGGGCAAAAGUUGCACAAGGGAGUUUCCAAGGUGUUCGCAUUCGUGAAGCCAUGACUGAAGCUUUUGUUGUUAAAGACCAUCGUGGCGAAUUGUACAAGAAACAUCACCCACCAAUGUUGGGAGAUGAAGUUUGGCGGCUAGAAAAGAUUGGUAAGGAUGGAGCAUUCCAUAAAAAGCUAGCGUUUGAGGGGGUUAACACUGUCCAAGAUUUCUUGAAAAUGUCGGUAGUUGAUCCACCCAAGAUUAGAAAGAUUUUAGGGCCUGGAAUGUCUGAGAAAACUUGGGACGUCACAAUCAAGCAUGCCAAAACUUGUGUUAUGGGCAAUAAAUACUAUGUUUUUCAAGGCACUAAUUACAGAAUCUUCUUAAACCCCAUUUGUCAACUUGUGAGAGCAGAGAUUAAUGGGACUACAUAUCCUAUACAAACCCUAAGUAGUAUCAACAGAUCAUAUGUUGAAGAUUUGGUCAGACAAGCUUAUGUAAAUUGGUCUUCCUUGGAAGAAAUAGAAGGGAUUUCUAAUGAGAUUGGCUUGCUCACACAAGGCGAAGACAUGUUGGAUCAAUAUCGUAAUCAACAAAAUGCCACGAUGAGAUCAUUUGAACAAAAUGCGUACUUGACUCAUGAUUCGUUUGAGGGAUAUGUCCCAAAUGAAAUGCAAGCCGAUUGUAGUCGUUGGCAAAUAAGCCAAAAUUAUUUCAAUACCCCGAAUGAAAAUGGGAUUCGGUUGAACCUGUUGGAGUCGAAUUCGGAUGAUGAUUUGACGUCUCCAAAAUCCUUUAUCUCGGGAGGUUAAUGGUGAAGUAGUGAAUGAAAGAAGUCCAUCAAUGAGAUGAUCAAGGGGCGACUAUUUAAGGAUUUACCCCAACUCUAAUUUGCCUUCCCCUCCUUGUAUUUUGUAAAUAAAUAAUCACAAGGGGGUGUUUAGAGCCGAAUAGGCAUAGUGAAAAUGUCCUUGAAGCUUUUCCAAGUUUCUCAAUUUCUUUUUCUUUUUUGCUGGGCCUUUGUUUGAUACAGAUCGUGCUGCCCCAAGUUUAUAUUUCCUUAUUUUUAAGGCUCUUACCUAAACUUGUAGGCUGCUUGCCAAUCAGGAUCAACAAGCCCAUUUGUGUCUCUAUAUAUAUUUUUGUAGACCUGAAUGUGUCUAUGUUUUAAAUCCAAUUUCAGCCUUUCGAA